UCAUGCAAAUCUUCGUCAAGACUCUGACGGGUAAGACUAUUACCCUCGAAGUCGAGGCUUCCGAUACCAUUGAGAAUGUCAAGGCCAAGAUCCAAGACAAGGAGGGAAUCCCACCAGAUCAGCAAAGAUUGAUCUUCGCCGGAAAGCAACUCGAGGAUGGACGUACUCUCUCCGACUACAACAUCCAAAAGGAGUCUACUCUCCACUUGGUGCUCCGUCUUCGUGGAGGAAUCAUCGAGCCAUCUCUCCGUCAGCUCGCCCAGAAGUACAACUGCGACAAGCAGAUCUGCAGAAAGUGCUAUGCUCGUCUCCCACCACGUGCCAGCAACUGCAGAAAGAAGAAGUGCGGACACUCCAGCGAGCUCCGCAUCAAGAAGAAGCUGAAGUAAUCUUCACUCGUUCCAGUCCAUGUGUUGGCAAAUAAAUCGUUAAUUU